GCGGGGCCUCCUGGCCGCCGUGUCCCUCCUGUAGCUGCAGGUACCGCCGCAUUCUCUGCACGAAGACGCCCUGAGCCGCUCGUGAUGGAUCUGCUCGUGCUGCUGCUCUCUUUCGUCGGAUGCUGCGCGGCGACGAGCGUCCUGCCGCCGGGUCCGAUCGACGCCGUUCUGGGGGGAAAUGUGACCUUAAAGACCAUCGGCGCCAGUCGGGACUAUAACUUCAUCCUGUGGAACUUCAAAGGCGGCGCCGAAUCCAUCAACAUCCUCACCGCGAGCAAAGAAGGCGUCAAAGUGAACGACGCCUACAAAGGGAGAGCGAACAUGAACGUGACCAACGCAGACCUGACCAUCGGGCCGCUGACGUCACUUGACAGCGGGAGUUACGACAUCAGCAUCAUUUCUUCAACGGGUACAUCAGUGGCCGCAGUCCAACUUCGAGUUCUGGAGGCGGUGUCCGAUGUGUCAAUCAAGUCCAGCCUGUCGGAGGCCAUCGAGCACAACAGCACGGUGGUCCUGACCUGCUCCGCCAAAGGCUCCUUCCUCCAGUUCAGGUGGUUCCGGGGAGCCACGCCCAUCGUGGACGACGGGAAUCGGUUCACUCUGAAAAACGCUGAACAGUCCAGUAGUUUGACCAUCAAAGACGUCCUCAGGACCGACCUGAUGGAUCCCAUCUACUGCACGGCCAAUAACACGCUGCAGAUGGUGAAGAGCCUCCCCUUUACCCUCAUUGUCUACUACGGACCAGACGAAGUCACCAUCACUCCUCUGAACCCUCCCAAGGUCACCAGCUCCAAAGCCAACUUGACCAUGUCGUGUUCGGCCCUCUCCAACCCGCCCGCAGACUUCCUGUGGUACCGGGACCAGCAGCAGAUUGAGUCGGGUCCCAACGUGACUCUGGGGGUCCUUCAAACUCGACGGUUUGGGAAUAAAGAGGGUAACUACACAUGCAAGGCCCAAAACAAGAAGACCAACCGCAUGGUCUCCUCGGUUCCCGUCAGCAUCGCUGUGAUCGAGCCCAUCUCUAGUGCUGAGGUCAGCGGUCCGGCCGCCACGCUCAUCGCCGGCAACAGCUCGGCCAACAUCAGCUGCCGGGUGACGGGCGGCAGCGUGGAGACCACCAAGUGGCUGAAGGACAAUGAGCCUCUGGCCCCCGGCGGCCGCCUGCUCUUCUCCACCAACAUGACUUGGUUGAUGAUCGACCCGCUGCAGAAAGAGGACAGCGGGGAGUACACCUGCGAGCUGAUCAACUCCGUCAGCAAAGCCAAAGGCUCCUACAAGAUGGUGGUCAACUACGGUCCGGAGCUGGUGGCGGUUAUGGGCGAGAAGGCCGUCGAAGUUAACGACAAAGUGGCGCUGGACUGCUCCGCCCUCUCCAUCCCCCGAGCCAACUUCACCUGGAAGUUCAACAACACCAUCACCGACGUCAAGACGGCCCGGUAUGUGAUCGAGGCGGCGAACUACAAGAACACCGGCAUGUACACAUGCGAGGCGCACAACAGCGUCACCGGCAAGACCGCCGAGUACAGCCACUUCCUGUCCGUCAAAGAGGAGGGAGCGUUGAAUGAAGGCCUCUCAGACGGAGCCAUCGCUGGAAUAGUCAUCGCCGUCCUCGUCGCCCUCGCCGCCGCCAUCGCCUUGAUCAUCUACUGCAGACAGAAAGUCCCGGUGGAGUCACCGUACUAGAGACAGCUGUGAGGAACGUCCUGUAUGAUGCAAAGCCCCCCCCUUGCCAAAAGCGGAUUCCUUCUGGACCCUUUGGAUUAUCAGAUGGAAUCUUCCUUUUUCUUUCCAUUUUUUAGCCUUUUUGGCAUCUUCCCCAUGGACCCGUUAACCAUCAAACAUCUACACACCUUCAGCUUCCUGGAACCAAAGCACAGGAACUGUUUCAUGAGGAGAGACUCUCUUUAUCCACCUGGACACCUGAGAAGGAAACACACACACACACAUACACACAUGUACACACACACACACACACACAUAUACACACACACACACACAUGGAGGCCACACAUGAAGCAGGAUUCUAUGUUUUGAUCUGACUCUUUUUUUCUUAGUAGUUUGAUUUAUGUCCCUCUCUGUGGCGGGUGGGUGGAGUUUGGGGGUGGGGGGGGGGCAGCUCCGAUGUGUCGCUGCUCUUCUGGAGCUUCGUCCGAUCAUGAAUACCUCGACGUCUGGGUCUCACCGGACUUCUUUUAACACGUUGUCCUACAAAUGUGUUGCGGUUGACGUAUUUUUUGUCUCUAAAGUCUCUUCCAACAAAAUGUCUCUAAUCAACACGUUGUUCAUCACUUACAAACCUCACUAUUGGCUUAAAGAAACUCAGCUGGUGGAUUCCUUCAUUUGCUGCUUCAUCUUCGUCCUCUGCAUGCGAGGAGGAGGAGGAGGAGGAGGAGGAGGAUGAAGACGGACUCGUCCCAGCACGCAGGGACGAGUCCCGCGGCGAGGAGUUAGUUGGCGGCACAGUGUGCUUUUUGGAGGGAAAGUUUGGCUGUUUUGUUUUUAAAAGAUUUGAAAUAGCUGCAGAUGAAAAUGAGAAGGACUCGGACGAGUCGCCGUGCACUGCUCUCAGACCAGUAUUUAUUGUGAAGAUAACUGGAGCUUAAGAUCAUUCUGGUGCUUUGUUGGGUUUGAGAAGAUGUUUUAGGUGAAACCAGCAGUUUGGAAUAAAGAUUCCUCUCUGGGUGUAAAUAAUAGAGACAGAUCCUCUUGUUUUGUGCCUUUGUUGUUUUACGUCAUGUUCAUUUGUUAAAAAGAAAUCUUUUUUUUUUUUAUCCAAUGUUUACAGAAACGAACCAUCAAGUGUCCCCAGAACGAAAUUCAUGUCCAGUUUGACCUUGUAAAGUCAUAAAAGAAAUCUUCUGAUUU